GGGACAAACCCAGGGAAAUAACAAAAGAAAGGGCUGCAGCUGACAUCGGAACGCGAAUAAGACAGAUACAACCAGCAUAUCAAAAUUAUACGUAUGUAAAUGAAACGGAGUAACAUUUUGCCACAUAUACAGACAUUUUCUGUCUCGAGGGGAAAUCGCUAGCUAGAAAGGCUUCUAGAAUCUUUCAAAGAGCUGUUUGGAAGGAAGAAAAACACUAACUUAACAUUAGCUCAACGCUGCUUGCGUUAAUCUAAGUUAACAAUGUCUAAAAGUUAAUCGAAUGAAAGUCACGCUUGGAUGACAAUCAGGGCAGGAGUCUGUAUGGUGUUUGUAAGUUCGCGGUUAUGGAAGAGAACUGACAUAAAGCGUGUUAUUAUUUGACAAAAUAUAGCUAGCUUGCUAACUUACCUGAACGAGCUAGAGUAGACGUCAGCAGCAAGCUAGCUAGCGAAUGCUACGUUAGCUACGCGUCUGCUCAUGUUACCUCGAUAGCUAACGCUAGUAGUCAACUACAUGCAUCUUCAUGACACAUUGAUGGAGACCUUUUAAUAAUACACUAUAUCAUAAAACCUUAACUAACUUGUCAACAUACCAAAAUAGUUUUAAUACGUAUUCUUGCACCGUAGAAAAAGUGAGGUUGUAUUUUCAAACCAAACAUUGUGGGUGCUUAGCCUGUAGCUAUUGCUUAGUGAGCUGUAACUUAUACGGCAGAACACUGAAUAAUUCACUGAAGUAAAAUGAGCGCCACUGAGCAACCUGCCCCUGCCAACAAGGCCAACACCGACGAUGAUGGCAUGUCUUGGUGGUAUAGAUGGAUCUGCAAGAUCGGUGGUGUCAUCGGCGGAAUCUCCUGUGCCGUGGCAGGAGUGUGGAACUGCGUCACCGUUAACCCCCUCAACAUCGCAGCGGGUGUGUGGAUGGUCCUGAACGCCUGCGUGCUCUUCCUGUGUGAAGUCCCUUUCUGCUGUCAGUUCAUCGACUUCGCCAACGCCGUGGCAGCCAGGGCCGACCGACUGAAGCCCUGGCAGAAAGCCAUCUUCUACUGCGGGAUGGCGCUGUUUCCUGUCUUUCUGAGUUUUUCCAUCACCACGUUAUUUGGGAACGCGAUCGCCUUCGCAACAGGGGUCCUGUACGGACUGGCAUCACUGGGAAAGAAGGGAGACGCCGUGGGCUACGCCCGGCUCCAGCACGAGAAACAGGCGGACGAGGAGAAGCUCACGGGGACAACUGACGGGGAGCCACAGUAACCUCACCCCCUCACCCCUCACCCCCUCGCCCCGUGACCUCUCUGCUGCUCAUUCCCAGUCUUAACGUAGAGUACACUGCAUCGCUGCUGCUGUCCAGUCCGCGUCACGUGAGGACUGUUUCCUGUUCCGUUUUCCGGUUUUAUUUCUCCUGCUAAACCACACCUUCUGUACCGCCUGGGAACGGUACUGCGGGGAGUCGUUUUCUCAAGAGUGUUAUCAGCCAUAUCCAAAUGCGUGGUACUUGUGUGUGGAAAGGUAUGAUUUUAAUAUGAUGUUCUAUUUAACAUGGCUAAGCUUUUUUUUUUUGUGUGUGUGUGCCUUUUUGAUUUAGAUUUUAUUUUUUUCAUUUUAAGGUUUUGAGGGUAAUGCUAUUGUGUCUUUAAGACGGAAUGUUUAUGUACAAUUCAGGUUACUGAUCUCAUCCAAAGGUAUUGAAAUCGUUCUGAAAAAUACAAUGUUUUUGACAUUGUACGUGAUGGUUGUUUAGGCAGAUGCUAUCGGGCAGGUAAUGUGAAAAUACGUAAUGCCUUUAUUGUGACCAUGGCUUCCUGUUCGCCGAGUGAUGGUACUUUUAAUUUAGUUUUUCUUCCUCAUGAAAAGAUGCAUGUUUGGACAUUAGGGCAAAAUGAAAAUAUACCUAUAAUAUAUUAACCACAGGGACAAAAAAAUGUAAGCGCCUUCUCUUUGCAUGGGUGAAAUCUUUGCUAAAACUCUAUUUUGUGAACCUUAACUCAAAGGCCAGUUGUGUGGUUGUGGUUUUUCCUGUGGCAUAAAACAAACUGGAAUGGUAAAAUGUCCGCUUGUGGCUAUGCAGCUCAGAAAAUAUGCCUACUAAUUUUCCUGUUUUUAGUCUGUCUGGGACAAAUUCUCCUUUAAAUAUUAAGUGUGAUAUUGCUGGACUUAUGAAAAGAAGCCCCUCUCCAGGCCUGUUGCCAGGCAGGAUUUCUGUGGCAUUUUUAUUCAAGGACUUGUGUGUCUGGCGUGUUUUCAGAGUGGGGGAAAAUGUUUGAAUAGUCCUCCAGAUGAUAAGAACGUGAAGAAACCACACGUGAACCUGGAUGGACUAUUCCUUUACAUUGGAUGGCUAAUCGGUUGACAGAUUACUUUUUUUCCUGUAACAUUCCUCCUAUCAAGAUUGCACUGUAUACAGUAUGCGUUGGCCUGUGUGUGCACGGGCACACUUUACAGCAGAAUGGGUGCUGAAGAACAGCGUUUAAGCAGCUAUCGGGAAACACCCCGUCUUAUCCCAGUACCACUGGCCUGGUUCAGCUUUCAGCAUCAAUAUCCACAUUCAAACACUGGACACUGUGUGCACUGUGAAUCACAGCUCAUCAGGGACAUCCAGGCGUGGUGUUUGCAGGGUCAUUUUACAGCCAGGAUCAUUUAAUGCACCAGCUUCUGUACAGACAUUAACAUUCACCACCAGCAAACGGUAUACCUCCCAUUACUACUAAAGUUCCUACUGCAUAAUCUGUAUAGAAGUGCUUUUUGACACCCAGCAUACCAAGGCGUUAAAUAAGUUCAGUGACUGGAGCGACAUUCGCUGUCUGGCAUUACGGCUGUCGUAACACUUCACCGCUUUGCUUUUUCCAUCAACACUAGUGUUCAGUGAAUGCAGUUUCUGAAGACCAUCAUGAACACCAGCGUCAGCAGUCGUGUCCAGUACUUCAAACGCUAACAGGAGUGUGCCCUUUGGUGCUGCAGUAGCCAUGCCUGUGUGUGAAACGGUGGGAGAAACGGAUGUUACAGUGUAGGUUAUCAGCACGCUCCUCUAAUUGGCUUAAAUUCAAACUGGCCCAUUUGGACAAAUUGCAAUUAGGACUUUCAUUUUGUGUAAUGGAGUGCAUGUCCCACCCUUCAGUUCUGUUUCUACAUUCUGAGCCUUGGAUUGUUGUGAAGGGUGUGUGUGUGUGUGUGUGUCAUUUUGAUUUGGUUGGUUUUUUUGCGCUUUGUUUUGGAAUAAUGAACUUGAAAAGCAAAUAAACAGUGCUUGUUUA